GCCUUUGGCCACUGAUCCCAGACCUGUGCACGCUGAAAUUUCUCAUGACCUCCUGUAUGUAGGCUGUUGCCGACAGGUUGUAAAGACGAGCGAUUCUUUGGUGACACCUGCCAGUCAAUCAGUCACGAACAGCAUGGUAGGGUGGGGGGGGGGAGGCGGCGUGUCCGUCGUCUUUGCCUUGAGCAUCUCUAAAUUAGACCAGGGAAUACAGGACUGAUAAGGAAGUGGGUUAUCAGAAUAAGGAAUAAGCAAAAGGAAGAAAUAGAAGGUUUUGAGUUCCCCCUCCUCUCCCACUAGGCACAGGUGAGCUUACUUUAAGGAAAGCAGAAAAGCGUAUUAAAUCUGAAACUUUUUCAAUGAUCAAUUUCCUCUACCAAAAUCAAUAAUAUGACUCAGAGAUUCGGCAAAAUCCAAUUUCAGUGAAGCCAUCCGCAGCUACAGUAUGUCUUGCUACGCUUGUUUCGUCCUCAGAAUUCAUUCAGAAUUCAUGCAUAGUGUCUUGGUUUGAGGGACUUUACACGUUUUCUGUCAAUUUGGUGGUGUGGGGAUUUAGAGCUGCACAGUCCAGGUUUUUGCUCCCUCCCAGGAGCAAACCGUGAACUGUCUGAGGCCCCGCAAGGAUCGGUUUGAGAAACACUGGAUUAAGGAGCUUUAUUUAUUCUGAAUCUUGAUGGGAAUCUAUGGGAAUCUUGAUUCUGUGUUACUUAGGUUUGAUGGGGAAAAUUCGUAGUUUAUAUACUGCUUUAUAUAAGCUUAAUGUUACUGACGUGGUGCAAAAGCUUUAGUCAUUCAUAUGUUAUCUGUGACACUAACAGCGAUGACAGAUUCUUUAGUGACUAUAAACCUCUUUAGUUUCAUCCUAAGUUUCCUUUUCGUUACAUGGCGGAGCUUGUUUAUGUUAGACGGUCAGAUGAGCCAUUUAACUUUGAGUGAUAAGGGACAUGGUGGCACUUUCAAACGCUUGGUUGCAUCUCAUUCCUGACCUGUGUUUUUCACACUUCGGAUAUUUGUUUGGAAUUUUAAGUGACUAUCACGUGGCUUUCCAAACAUUUCACCAUUUCUUUUGUCUUCCUUUCUUUCCUAAUUUAAUUUCCGUGAAGAUCUGACAGCUGUCUUGUUGCAUAGUUUCUUGCAAUUUUUCUGUGCUUAAAAUCAAUAGUUUCAGGCAAUUAAUCUGGUUUUUAUAUCUCACAUAUAGGAUUCUAUUGUGUGCAUUACUGUAAAGAAAGUCCCUCCCAAGGUAGCAGACAAGAAAACCGUUGUCGGCUAUAAAGUAAUAUCUGUGACUAGCGCUAUGUCUGACCAAGUGCGAGAAGGUGAUGAAACCUUUGAAGAUGCUUCCGGUGAGGCAAGUUCCACAGAGGAAAAGAUGAAACAAAAAAUACAGACCCUGGGAAGGUCCUAUGACACCCAAUCAGGAAAAAUUGUUACCAUGACGACUUGUAAUGAUGACGAAUUGGAACAAUUCACCUCACCGGAACUUAAAAGGAUGGCAGAAAGGUUGUCAACGGUGAAAAUCAUCCCUGUGAGAGUUGAACCUGAAAUCCUGGUGCCCCCGGCUGGCCACGAGAGAGGCACGCUGGGGGCCAUCGAGGAGGCCGAGACGCCUUCACCUUCCGAGGACCGUGAAGUUGGCACCACGUCAGGCAGAGUAAUAGAGGAGAAGAGGCCUGAAGCAAAACUGCUACAACAGGACGUGCCUCAGAAGGUCUUUGGCACCCAGGAAGUUCAAGGAGACCAGCAGAUGAGCUUAACGACGCCCCCUUACGGCUCCAAAAUGUCUCCUGUGCUCAGAGGGGUGCCUAAGCCGUCCUCUGAGAUGUCGCCACAGCUAGCUGUUCUGUUAACAUCUGCGAGAGGUCAAACCGGCUCAAUGGGAUGGGUCACCUCUCCUUCACAUAGUCAGAUCAUUUCCAAGGUGGCCAUACCCUCUUCUAGUCUGUGUGCUAUGGUGUUAUGAAUGUAUAGCAGCACAUUCCCUUUAUAUCCUUCCUGUCACUUCUUCAAGACCAGCGCUUUGUACCAUGGUCAGAUGUUCCUCUUGUCCGCAACUUUCCAAAUGAGUAAAACCAGUAACUUACAGUAAUGCAAAAUAACACAGUAAUGUAUUCUUGAGGACCAGAUUGCUCUGUCAAUGACAGAAUCUCCUGUACAUAGACAACACACAGCAGUACUUCUCUUCUUAAUGCUUUUUGCUCAGUGCUUUGAUUUUACUCAAGUUGUGUCAAAAGAUCCAAGGGAAUGCUUCGUCAAACUUGAGAUAAUGAAACAUACCAUUUGUAUGUAUUCAUAGAUGCACUGUCAGCUGCAUGGGAUUAGCAACAGGUUAGCGACACCGUGGUUUGAGGGUGUCCCUAGAACCUUCUACAU